AUGGAAGAGGAUGAUGCAGAUGAAGUGAAGGAGUGGAGCACCAUAGAGUCUGAGCAAAGAACGUAUGAUUCUCGGAGUGAUCAUGACUUCCUCAUUCAAAACACAUUAAAUCGUCAGUCAUCGGAAACUCAGGAUGAAGAGCAAGAGGAUGACAAAUGCUCAGAGAUGUCAUUCGGUCUUUUCUUCAAAGAUGGGAAGAAACGGAUUGACUACAUUUUGGUCUAUAAAAUAUCGAGUAUACAGGUGGAGAAGAGGAACACCUUCGAAAAAAACCUGCGUGCAGAAGGACUGCAACUGGAAAGAGAGCAAUCACUCACAAAUAGCGACAUAAUGUUUGUGAAACUCCACGCUCCUUGGGAAACGAUUUGUAAAUACGCAGAAAGAAUGAACAUCCACAUGCCUUUUAGGAAAAAAUGUUAUUACACUGAUUGGAAGAACAAAGUGAUGAGCAGUGUUCAGAGGAAUCUACGACAGCUGAAGAGUUGGUUGCCAAGAAACCCAAUGAAACUCGAUAAAGAGGCUCUACCAGAUCUGGAAGAGACUGAUUGCUACACUGCACCAUUCAGUAGAGCACGCAUGCAUCACUUCACCAUAAACAACAAAGACACAUUUUUCAGUAAUUCAACAAGGAGCAGGAUCGUGCAUCACAUGUUACAAAGGACAAAAUAUGAAGAUGGAAAAUCCAAAAUGGGUUUGAAUAGGUUACUGAGCAACGGAACAUAUGAUGCUGCCUUUCCUCCACAUGAGGGAAGCUACAAGAGCAACCAUCCAAUCAAAACACAUGGUGCACUUAAUCACAGGCACUUACUGUAUGAGCGUUGGGCUCGAUGGGGAAUGUGGUACAAAUACCAACCAUUAGAUCUUAUCAGGCGAUACUUUGGUGAGAAGAUUGGCUUGUAUUUUGCAUGGUUGGGAUGGUAUACUGGAAUGCUUAUUCCUGCUGCCCUGGUCGGCUUGUUGGUAUUUCUUUACGGAUUAUUUACAGCUGAGUCCAGCCAAGUCAGGUCAGCCUUGAACUAG